AUGGUUCUCGGAAUGGUUGCGGGAGCUCUGUCCGCAUUAGCCAUCGCAUUCAUUCUCAACUUCUGUGUUAAUUUCUACAAUCAUCGAAGAUGGUUCAGAGGUUUGCCUCAACCGCCCCACAGCUUCCUUUGGGGCCAUUUGAAGAUCAUGGGUGAAGCAGCUGCAGCAGCACCCCCUGACUGUCACCCUCAGGUUUACCUAACGAGCAUUGCGCAAAAGUACAAAUUGAAAGGGGUUUUCUACAUCGACUUAUGGCCAAUUUCAACUCCAAUGGUUGUAUUAAUCGAUCCCGCUGUUAUGACUCAAGUUCAAGUCACACAAGUUCUGCCAAUGCAUCCCAUGUCCGAAGAUUUCAUGAAGCCUAUUGUUGGACCCGACAACAUCGCUUCGAGUAAUGGAGCUGUAUGGAAACUGGUGCACAAUAGUAUAACCCCAGCAUUCUCUUGGUCACAUAUUAGAAACCUCUCGGCGGUCGUGAUUGAUGAGUGUGACACUUUUCGAUCACGUCUCGAUAUGUUAGCCGAGACAGAGAAGACCUUCUCCAUGGAAACUGUUGGAUCGCAACUCAUUUUCGAUGUUAUCGCUAGGAUAGUCUAUAGUUUCUCUCUGAACGCGCAAGGAACCGGCAGUCAAGACCUCGAAGAUCUUAGGGGUAUGGUCAAGCUUGCUCAUGUUCAGCUAUCGUGGAAUCCAAUCGCAAAAUUCAAAGCGAUUUUUUCAAGAAGAGCUCUUCAUAGACGGCUAGGAGUCUCUGUCAGCACUCAAAUUCAACAACGCCUGAAAGUCUUGACGGAUGAUCAAAUCGUUCCUCACCGGAAGAAUCCUCAUUCGAUUCUAGACUUGAUGUUGAGAGAACACUUAGAACAAGAAGAUUUAGUUGGAAACAAGAAAAAUUCAACAGAACUGUCUCCGGAGUACAUGAAAAUACUCAUCACCAAUAUCAAAGCGCUGUUGCUCGGAGGCCAAGGCACAACCUCGGAUACUCUUUGCUACAUAUACAUGCUUCUUUCAAAAUCACCAGAAGUAGUAGCAAAGCUCCGAGAGGAGCACACACGCGUCUUUGCCCCCUCCUUCAACGAAACAAUCGACAUACUUCAGACGAAGCCAUCAAAACUCGAUGAGCUGGAUUAUACCACAGCUGUGAUUCGAGAAACUCUUCGACUGUUCCCCAUAGGUUUUGGCGUAAGACAAGCGGCGGACGGAGCGACUGUAGCCUGGAACUCGACCAAAUAUCCAAUAGACAAUGGCAUCGCCGUGGUUUCUAACGCCCACUCUCUUCAUUACGAUCCCGAAUAUUUCCCGUCAGCCUCGACCUUCAACCCAGAGAGAUUUAUAGAUCCAGCUACUGCUGUGCAUGCGAAAAACAACAUGUGGACUUUCUAUCGCGGCCCACGGGCCUGUCUAGGUCAAAAUCUUGCAGUCGAUGAACUGAGAAUCAUCUUGUUAGAGACAAUCAGAGACUACGAGUUUGAAUGUGUUAAUUUGCAGCCGAACGAGAAACAGAAAGUUGCAUGGUCAGAUUUGGAUGAGACUUUUGGGGACAUUUGUUUCCAGAAAAUCGGGUUAGGUGCUCAGGUGAGAGAUGGAAUGAUCAUGAGAGUGAAGAAAGUCGGGACAAAUUGA